GCUUUUUGGAGGACUUUAUUCACACACUCACACACCGACCCCUAUUCAAGACCACCACUCACACACACAGACACAGACACACACACACACACACUCACACGCAGACACAAAGCAUCUGAAAGCCAUGACUGAGCUGAAGAGUAAGUUGUUUUGGAGAGCCGUGCUGGCUGAGCUGGUUGGGAUGACGCUCUUUAUCUUCCUCAGCAUCACCGCCGCCAUCGGAAACAAGCACAACACGCACCCGGACCAGGAGGUGAAGGUGUCGCUGACGUUCGGGCUGGCCAUAGCCACGCUGGCACAGAGUCUGGGCCACAUCAGCGGCGCACACCUGAACCCGGCCGUCACCGUCGGCAUGCUGGUCAGCUGUCAGAUCAGCAUCCUCCGUGCCGCCUUCUACAUCCUGGCCCAGAUGCUGGGGGCCACGAUGGCGAGCGGCAUGGUGUACGGCAUCCGGCCCGGAAACGAAACCGCGCUCGGGGUCAACGCGCUGAACAGAAUCACUACGGUGCAGGGGGUCGGUGUGGAGAUGUUCGCCACCUUCCAGCUCGUGCUGUGUGUGUUAGCCGUUACGGAUAAACGUCGGCGUGACGUUGGGGGAUCGGUUCCUCUGGCCAUCGGGUUCUCCGUGGCUCUGGGUCACCUCACCGCCAUCAGCUUCACAGGAUGCGGCAUUAACCCGGCUCGAUCCUUCGGCCCUGCGCUCAUCUCGGAAGACUUCACCGAUCACUGGGUUUACUGGGUGGGCCCGAUGUGUGGGGGCGUGGCUGCGGCACUCAUCUAUGACUUCCUGCUUUACCCAAAGAUGGACGAUUUUCCCGAACGCAUGAGAGUUCUGGUGUCUGGACCGUCGACUGACUACGACGUCAACGGACGAGACGACACACCGGCCGUCGAGAUGUCCUCGAAGUGAUGAUGGAAAUGCAGUUCUCGCGUUGAAAUGUUCCGCUGUAGAGUUGGUUCUUUUUUAUUGUUCCGACCACCGGGCUUGCAGUGGAAACUCCAGAGGUAGAUGAUAAGCGUCUUCAAAUUCAGAGCGUCCUUAUCGACGUUCCCUUUCUCCCCAGGUCCAAACCCUGAUACUGAUUUUGAGUUUUAUUAAAUGACGAUUCGAUUUGAGCCAAAAUCACCUUUUAUACUUUCCCAUAACGCAUUCCUGCGAUCUGAUGCAAUUUUCUUUCUUGAAAACAGGAAUACUGAAAGCGAGCAGAUUAGUUAGCAAGUCAAAUGAACUAGCAUGCAAAGUUCAAAGUAAUAAAGAUCUUCACGCAAAUUGUUGUGGUCAUUAAGGCUGUAUUUAAAAUCAUAUUACAAAAUCAAGUUCAGUCUUUAUUUUUGACUCAAAAUAAAUGAUUUUAUUUGUCAUGAAUGAUCCAGUUCCUGAGUCUAUCAUACACUAAAAGCCUUAAAUUACCUGUAAAUAGCUCUUCUUUUCUGUUAUUGAUUUACUUUUCCUAUAAUAAAAAAAAAAGAAUACUGUUUGUUGCAGCAACAUUUUUAGUUUUCUUUCUUUUUCAGUUCCUGCUUUUUGUAUGUACCUGAAAUUUAUUUUAAAGAAUUUUUUUUAAAGAAAUUUUAGUUGUAAUAGUCUAUAAUUUUUGUAAACAGUAUUUUUUUUCUAUGUAAAUGACUGUAUUGUUUUACAUUUUGUACUUGAGUAACAUUUGAGCACUACGAUUUUCCUUUCCUUCACUUUUUGUAAGUAAGUAAAUAAAACGACCAAAAGUUA